UGAGGACUACUGGUCCUGACAAGGUAAAAACAAAGCGUCGCAAAGCUUCUUUAAGACUCGGCUCUUCAUUCACCAUGAAAAACAUUUCACAACUCUUCCCAACCGCCUUGCUAUGGCUGCUACUGCUGCUCAUUCGCAAAGGGUUUUGUGUACAGAGUAUUCAUUGCCAGUGGGGGCCUUACGGUGACUGGUCAGAAUGUGAUGGCUGCACCAAAUUACAGACAAGAAGCAGAGCCAUGGCUGUUUAUGCACAGUAUGGAGGGAACCCUUGUGAUGGAGAACCAACUCAGACCAGGUCCUGUGAAACCACACAAGGCUGCCCUCUAGAGGAUGGCUGUGGACACAGGUUUAGCUGUCGAUCUGGGAAAUGUAUUAGCCAGUCCCUGGUGUGCAAUGGAGACCAGGACUGUGAGGAAGAUGGUCAUGAUGAACGUGUCUGUGAGGUUCAAAAAUACAUCACAUGUGCAGUGUCAGCUCCCCCACCUAACAUUGAACUCCUAGGACUUGGGUUUGAUGUGGUGUCAGGGACGAGGAGGGCCAGUGUCAUCAACACAAAGAGCUUCGGGGGUCAGUGUCGUCGCAUUUACAGCGGCGUCCACAAUAAUCUUUAUCGACUGCCCGUCAGUACUAUCCGCUACAGCUUUAUGGUGACAGCUCAGAAUGACUUCAGUGAUGAGAUGUUCACCAGUGAAUGGCAUUAUGCCAAGGACAUUGUCAGCAGGGAGAAGGUUACCGGCACAACAAAAGGAUAUCGGAAUUACGACUUUCAUAAGACUGUUCAUACGAGUCAGACCCACAGGCUUCUGGUUUUGAAGAAUGACAUAGAGGUAGCUCAGUUCCAGAGUAACUCUCCUCAGUACAUCCCAAUAUCUGAGAGCUUCUGGAAGGCGCUGGCCAAACUCCCAUCUGUCUACGACUAUGCGGCUUACAGAAAGGUUUUGGAGAGGUUUGGAACACACUACUUAUCUGAGGGAAGCCUUGGAGGCUUCUUCAAAGCUGUCAUCGGCAUUGAUGAAGAAACUGAAAAACACACAGUUUCUGAAAGCGAGGACUAUAAUGAAUGUUCAAAGACUAAACGCUGGAUCCUUAUAUUCCCGAUCACCAGGGUGAAAUGCAAAAGUGGUCAAAGUCAACACAGCUCAAGCAGCGACAUUUCCAGGGACAAUACCAUUAAAGACGUGGACGUGGAAGGAGGAGGCAUCCAACAUAUUGCAGGACUGAAAGCACUGCAGCUCAAUGAUCCAAGCAAGAACUGGGAAAUGUACUCAAACUGGGCUGACUCUAUUAGAUAUUUUCCACAGGUCACAAAACAGAAGCUGCGGCCGUUGUCAGAGCUGGUGAAAGAGGUUCAAUGUGCCGGGGUAAAGAGGCUUUACCUUCGCAGAGCCAUAGAACAGUACUCUGCGGAGAGAGACUCCUGCCACUGCCGGCCCUGCAACAACAAUGGCCUGGCUGUCAUGGAUGGAAAUGAAUGCAAAUGCAUCUGUAAGCCCGGCACAUCUGGACUGGCCUGUGAGAAGGGAACUGAAGCAGAGGGUCAACAGGGAGUGAUUCAUGGUAGUUGGUCUUGCUGGUCCGCCUGGUCAUCGUGCACUACGGACCGAAGAUCGCGAAGCCGCUCCUGCUCUAAUCCUACUCCUCAGAAUGGGGGACAACACUGUAUUGGAGAAACCACGGAGAGAUCUGACUGUGAAGACCAGCAGCUGCAAUAUUUAAAAACCAUGGAGCCUCAGUGCUUUGACUUUACUCUCACUGCAAGUCAGAAGUGUGCGCCACCGCCUGCUCUGAUCAAUGGCUACAUCCUGGACCCCAAAGACAUUUACCUUGUGGGUAGUAGGGUUGAGUACAGCUGCACUGAAGACUUCUAUCUUGUUGGUCACGCCAUCCUAGAAUGCACUGCUGAUCUAACCUGGUCUGGCAGAGCUGGACUGUGCACAGUCUCAAGGUGCAGGAUUGACUCCCUUGCAGAUGAUGUCAUAGCCUCUCCAUUAAAGCCAGCUUAUGGCAUAGGGGAAACAGUCACCUUGUCCUGUCCACAGGGUAAACAGCUACAUGGAGAAAGCACAGUUAAGUGUGAUCCUAGUCUGAAUUUUUCACCAGACCCAGCAGACAGUAAAUGUAUCCCAGUCCAUAUACCACAGAUUGCUAGUUCUGUCAAAUGUAAGCCAUGGGAGAAGUCUUCCAGAGGGAAGUGUGUUUGCAAAAUGCCUUUUGAGUGCAGUUCUUCUUUGGAGUUGUGUGCCACAACUCAAGUGGGUAGUACACGAUCACUAUUUCUGAGCGUGUGCAAAGUUCACGCACUGCAGUGUGUGGGGAAAGACAUCCGAGUAGCAGAAGAUAGCACCUGCGAUUGGCCAGAGCGCAACACAACAGGCUGCAUCAACUGUCACGUGUGGGAAAGCUGUGAUGAUCAAACGAACGAGUGUCGCUGCAAGGAGUCUGCAGAUUGCUCAACCCAGGAAUUCAAUGUGUGCGUUCGUGUUGGGGAGGAUGCGGCUGCUGCUGUUCAGACCAUGAGUGAGUGUGAAGCAGGACUCCGCCGAUGUAAAGGAGAAAAGGUGUCAGUGAUCAGUGUCCUGCCCUGCGCGUCCUGAAGAGAAGCAGCAGGGAGAAGUGGAGUUGACUGAAUGGCCACUCAUCUUCUUCUUCUUUUACACAUCUAUUUUCAGCUGUUCAUUCCUUAUAUUUUCAAUAGAUUGUACUUCAAAUAUCAAUUUUUAGCAAACUGUUAUGCAUGUGUAACACAAAAUGCAACUAUAUCAAAACAAUUAUAAUAAACAGCAAAGAAACUGC